AUGCCUAUGCAGUACAUCUUGACUAAGCACCCAUGCCCCUGCAUGGGAGUCCUUGGUUGCACGCCAGAUGACAUAAAUGCUGCACGGGAGCUUAUUAUUGGCCUGAAGCAAAUCGCUGCAGAUAUAGCACAACUACUGGGCAAGGACAAAUUAACCCGUGGCAGCAAGCGGGAAAGCGCAGCGCAAUCGGACUCGCGAAGUACAAAAGUUCGUAGCGCCCGCGAGACCGCUGGAGCACCUUGCCCAAGGCCUACUUCAAUGCCUACAUAUUCAAGCCUGCUUCACAUAAACGCCCCAUCGCCCGGCUUUGAGAUUUACCGGGAAGCGCUCUCAGAUGAUGGCACCCGUUUGGCUUGCAAUACGAGCCGGCCAUAUUCUACUGGCCAAACUCAAGAUUUCUCCUCCAACAGCCAUGCUGCAUUGCGAGGAGAGUCUAGAGCCUCGGGACGGACGCUGGUGGAAUCAAAGGGCGCCUCCGCUCCGCCGACCACCAGGUCUGCCAGCCAGCCAGCUGUUCCCGCCACGAGCGCUGCCUGCUGCCCGAAGAUCGCCAAUAUCGUCACCUUCUCGACGCGUGCCACAGCCGCGACUGUACAAAACUCAGUAGACAAGCCCUUUGGCAUUCGACGGACAGCCGCCUCCGCAUCGACCAGCUUCGUCGAACCCGCUCCCGUCAGCCAAUCGACCGAUGUUAACUGCAGCGCCGUGAACAGCGCUGCCUCCACGGCGGCUGUUGUGACGGCAACGGCUAUUGGGGCUGCCGGCGCCACGCUGGGCACGAUUCUGCUGCCAGUGCAGGGGACAGCAGCCGCCGAUCCAGUGGCGACGGCGGAGGAGGCCAACCCUGCGGAGGCCACCCCACAGCCGCCGGGUUCCCCAGCGGCAUCUGCCGCGAGUGCUGAAAUUAGGCCAAACGAAGGCCGCCCAGGCGGCGCGGGAAAGACGGGUGAAUCUGACGGCUGCACCGCUGAGGCCACCACCACCACCACCACCACCACUACCACCACCACACCCGCCAUCGCGUGCGGGCGACCACUACCACCGUUCGGCCAGGUUUACGUAUCACCAGCCAUACCGGUCAAAAUGCGGAGGAAACCCGACAGCUGGUCGGUGUACGAAUUCGAGGUCAACCGAAGGAUCCACAGGGGCUAUUCAAGCAGCGUCUACAAGGCGCGCUGCCUGUACUCGGGAAAUGAUGUGGUGCUCAAGGCCUACAACCUGGCGGGUCUGUCCACAUUCCUCCGAAACCAAGUGCUUAGGGAGCUGGACAUACAUUCACGACUGAGGCAUCCGGGUGUCGUACAUCUGUUGGCGGCGUUUCGGGAGGGUGAAACCCUGGUUCUGGUUCAGGAGUACAUUCGGGGCGGUUCCCUGGAGCGUGUUCGUCGCAAGCUGGGUGGUCGCAUGAGCGAGUUUCAGGCCAUGCACCUGGUUCUGCUGCCGCUGCUGGGUGUGCUGAGCCACCUGCACGAACAGGGCAUCGUGCACAGGGAUAUCAAGCCGGACAACCUGCUAUUCACGGAUAACUGGAAGCUCAAGUUGUGCGAUUUCGGCGUUUCCAUCUGCCUGAGGGAGGAGAGGGCGGUGACGAGGACGGGCACCCGCGAGUACAUGGCGCCGGAGGUGGAUUGCUGCCCACAAAAGCGUCUUCCCGAAGACAACAAGGACAACCUGUCGUUGUCGUACACAUCCGCCGUGGACGUGUGGUCCCUUGGUUCGCUGAUGUACGAGCUGCUGGUCGGCUUCACGCCCUUCCCUGGAGGUCCUCCCCCGCGGCGGGAGGGCGCGCGGGGCUCGGCGGGGGCGGCGCUGGCCUUCCCGACCGGAGUCAGCCAGGCGGCCAGGGCGUUUGUGAGGGACUGCCUGCAGCUGGAACCGGAGGACAGACCCACGGUUCACAAGCUGCUGGAACACGCAUGGGUAAAGGAAGCGCUGGCUGCUGCGGAAGCUCUUUUGGCGCCCAAGUCACCUGGACAGUGUUCAAUGCCGGUGGGAGGCUGCCCCUCGCCGGACCUGACGGGCGGCGGGAACAUGACGACGUAG